AUGUCUUGCAAACACUUGGCUUCACAUCCUGCCAAAGCUGGCCCAGGCCAGACAAUCCUGCCCCUCAUUCCCGACGACCUUAAAUCCGCAUCUCAACAUAAUCUCGCAUCCCCGUCGGAACGCCGAGGGACCAGGACCGCCCAGUCCACUCCUUUGCACAGUCGCGAAUCUUCUACCGUCCGAGGAAGACCAGUCGAUCCCUCCACUCUCGCCCCUAUCCAGCCCCGACGCGGUCACUCCGGUUCCAAGAGCCCCGACGUAUCGGGAGCCCGCCCUCCAGGAUAUGAAGUGGGACUAGAAAGACGGCCCUCCAAUUCGUAUGGUCACCACCGGCAAACUUCCAUCGUACACGGCAUACAGCAUUCACGGAAUACGAGCAUGGCCGGAUCAACCGCUUCCACAAGCCCUUUGAGCCCGGAGCUCAUUGCCUCCCUUGGUCGUGGUGCGUUUGACGAGGCAACCCUUCCUGCCAAGUUUGACCCUCUCGAGGCACACUCGGGUUAUUCGACACCAUCCGGGAUACCUGCUAGUCACGCGAUGCCACCGACAUUGAGUACAAUCCAAGACAAUGACACAACAUUGAGGGACGUGAGCCCCGCCACCGUGAUUCACAACCGAAUGAACUCUGGAGGAAAACCAAGACGCGAGCGGUCAGAUAGUCGUUCACAGUCUAAACAUCACUCGGAAUCUAAGACUGUUGGGGAAUAUGCAUUGCAUCAUUUGUUCAACUCGUUUGUUGGACAGGCAGACAACAAGAUCAACCAGGCCAUCAUGAAGCUGGGGGAAUCCGAUGCUCCCGUGGAGGAGGUCUGCGGCCCGGGAGCAGACCCGACAUUUGAUCAGUUGAUAUCGGCUUUAGGACAUAUCGCUCGGCAGAAGCCGAAACCUCUGAUCGAUACAAUUAUGUUCUGGCGCAAGGCUAAAGGAGAUGCUGCUAUUGCAGCGAGACAGAUGUUGAAUGAGCAAAGACCCUCGCCCGCUGCCACAGAGAAUGGCCCUCUCUUGCGCCGCAAUACCGAACCGACGCAGCCUGCUGAUCCCACUGCUAUUGCGGAACGGGCGCAGCAACCGCCAUUUAUCGGUCGUCCCGACGAAGUCGCUUUGAUAGAGCGACGCGCAACCGUUUCGGUGUACCUAGUCUGUAGGGUCUUGAUUGAGAUUUUCAAUCAGAGUAGCCUGGCUUCAAUCACUCUCGACAUGGCAGAUCGCCUAGAAGACAUCGUGUUUGGCCAGGUGAAGACCUCUGACCCGGACCAGAUCUCGGCGUCACCUCUGCGGAUGGCUAAUUGGAGGAUCUAUGGCCAGUUGCUGGGUAUUAUGAGUGAAUCCAAUUUCUCCGGCGUCGCUGGUCGCUACUUGACGGAACUCGAGCGCUAUCAAAAGGAGGAAACUGCCCGGGGGCCAUCUCGUGAAAGCGAUUCCAAGUCGGAAUUGCUGAUCCUCUGCAUGCGAUAUCUGCGUUUGCCUAUGACUUCAGAAGGGUGGCCCAAGUCCUGUGAUUUCAUGCGAUCAUUGGCACGCCUGUUUGUCAAUGCGCACGGGCAGCGUAUCAAACAGGCAUACUGCUACGUGAUUGAAAAACUUCUUCUCCCUGUUGCUGCCAAUCCGAGCUGUGAUCUCUCACUGCCCCGGUGGAGGGAAUUCGUGGACCUGAUCCAACCACGCCUGACACAACUCCUUAUCAAGCCUCGUCAUUGGACAUCUUCCUUCUCAUUGAAUGUACUGUUGCUGUGCAUCUCUAACAAAGAAACUUUCUCUUCCCAAUGGCUCUCGAUGAUCUCGAGUUUGCCUGCACGCUUAAAAGACCGCCCUACUCGUGCACCCGCCCUCCACGCCAUUUGUCGUCUGGUCUGGACCUAUUUCUUCCGCUUCUCGGACUCCCCAACAACCACUCUUCGAAAGGUUGAAGAAGUGGCAAAGAUUGCCCUGCCGACGGGCAGGAGAACAUACAUGAGUGCAGAGCCGGUCUUUGCCGAUCCGUUGAUUCAACUGAUACAAAUAAUUGGUUUCAAGCAUCCGGAUGUUUGUUUCCGUAACAUUAUUUUCCCUUUGAUUAAUUCAGAUCUGUUCCUAUCUGGCAGAGAGUUGAAGAUAGAACAGAUGGAGCCGGAGAAAAUGGUCAUUGGAAUCCGCGCUUUCCUGGCUACAAUGUCUGAUCUGGAGACAAGCGACCAACUAUGCCCUCCGAUCCCGACUGGCUCACUCCCGAAUCCUUUCACCGACGUUUCAACCCCCCAGUACAAAAUGCCCAGUGCUUCUCAGAAGCAAGACCCACAUUCAUGGCAACCUGUCAAUACUGCGAGACUAAGUGAUAAUGUGAAGGAAUACUAUUUCCGAUUCUGUGAAGUUUUAGGCAAGAUCACAUUGCUCUGUGAUAACACAUUCGGCGGACAGGCAGUUCUGGAUGAGAAGUUCGGUGGAGCUACACCCAAAACUCCCAUAUCAGACGCCUUCAGCUUCGGUCGUCGUGGUGACGACCAUGUCACCACACUGGAUCAGAAACAAGGAUUCUAUGAUCUGCUUCAUGUGGCAGUCCAAGCCCUUCCUCGCUGUCUCUCCGACCACAUCCCAUUCAAUUCGCUCAUCAAUCUCCUUUGCACGGGAACUGCCCAUGUCCAGUCCAAUAUCGCCACUUCUUCAGCGGAGUCGUUGAAGGCAAUUGCGCGGCAAUUACACGCCCAGCAAGUUACAAUCGGCUUUGCUAGGUUCAUCUUCAAUUUUGACGAGCGCUAUUCCACCAUGUCAGACGAAGGAAUGCUUGGAUCGGGCCAUAUCGACUCCACUCUGAGGCUAUACGUCGAGUUGCUGCAGAUCUGGAUUGACGAGAUCAAGCAAAAAACGAAAGGCGCGGCAGCAAUGGAUCAACUGGAGAGAUCCAUUUCUGGUAGUCGAGCUCUGCACCUCGAUUUAUCGAGUGUCCUCGCCCAUGUGGAUGAGAUUGAGUCACAUGGGCUCUUUUUUGUGUGUUCUCAGUCAAGACGAGUUCGAGCAUUUGCUAUCACUGUCCUGCGGUUGAUCACUGAAUUUGACCGUGCUCUUGGAAAGGAGAACACAAGAAUCAUCCGGAUCCUUGAGGAUGCUUCUCAGGAAAUCUUUGAUGUGAAUGAUGAGCAUCUGACCGUGGCAGAGUGGAGCCGAAUCCAAAAGGGUAAAAGAAGAAGCGCCUCUCAGAAUACUCUUAUCGAACUGUGUAGCAGUGAAGUAUCUUAUGAUUACACAUUGUGGGGCAAGGUAUUUCCCAACAUCAUCCGCGUCAGCUUUGAGACUUGCCCGUUUGCUGUAACCCUAGGAAGGGAGAUCGUGUGUGCACGUCUUGUCCAGAUGCACAACAUCAUCACAUCUCUCGCCGAGAGUACAAGAUUCCCGCAAUAUGCUCCCAUGGAUGCAUACCAGAAUCGCCCCCUUGGGAAAAACAUGGCAGCUGAGAUCAUCAUCGAGCAAUGGAAGCUUUACUUGGUCAUGGCCUGCACCACUGUCACCAGUGUUGGGGCUCAAUCGCAAAGUCAGCUGGCAAAUGCGCAGCAUGCGCGCAAAACUUCAAAGGGAGCCCAUCAGUCCCAAGAUAAGAUCAGCUCUGCCCGAAGCCUCUUUGCAUUUGUUAUCCCUCUCCUUUCUGCUGAACGGGAUUCCAUUCGCAGUGCUAUUGUUGUUGCUUUGGGAUCUAUUCAGAAAAACCUCUAUCGCACCCUUCUAGAGUCUUUGCAGUACGCAGUCACUACGUGCAACGAGGAGGCGAAGAUGAGAAUUGGAAACCACUACCGCAGUCCCAGCAGCCCGCGUCGAAACAGGAAGACCGAUCGCCUGCGCACCGAGGUAACAAACGUUUACAAACUCACGUCUCACUUCCUUCAAGAACCUGAAGUGUACAAUGACGACUGGAUCGUGAACAAUCUUGUCACAUACGCUAAAGAUAUUCGAAUUUUCCUUAGUGAUGCCGAGGUUCAGAACGACUGGGAAUUCCAGCGCCUGCGAUUCCAUUACUGCGGACUGAUGGAGGAGAUAUUUGAAGGCAUAAAUCGUACUAAGGAUCCUUCCCGCUGGAUGCCCUUCGAAUCACGGAAGUCUGCUUUCUCCCUUAUGGAGGACUGGUGUGGAUACUCGCCAAAUCAAUCUCAAAUCUCUGAAAGGGAAGAGAAUACGCGCAAGUUUUCCAUGGCCCGACCACAUGAGACCAGCGAAAUGAAAAACACCCCUGCUGCUAUGGAGAUUGAGAAGAAAAAUCUACGCGCAGCAGCCUUGAGUGCAAUGGCUUUUCUUUGCGCCGGCCCCAUCAGCAUCACCACUGAAAGUGGUUCUGUCCUCCAAUUUGAUGUCACUCGCAUGCUUUCAUGGAUUGACAUGAUCUUCAACACCGAGCCUGAUAAAUGGCAUGCCAUUGGCCGUCGGGCUCUCAAAAACCUCAUCACCCACAAUCAGGAACAUUCCUAUCUGAUGGAGCGAUCAAUAGAGAUGUGCUACGUUACCGAGAAGCCCAAGACCAUUGAGAGCUACUUUGAGGUGGUGACGCAGGUGCUGUUUGAAUAUCCAGACUAUCCACUUGAAUUCUGGAGAGUUCUAGGGGCGGUCUUGGUGACACUAGGCAACGAAAAGCGUGAGAUCAGAAUGAAAUCUGCUAAGCUUCUUCGAAAACUUGAGGAACGCCAGCAGAAGAACUCCAGGCUCCAAGACUUCGAUAUUAGUAUCUCAGACAAAACUACUGCAGUGUACAAGCUAGCCCAUCUUCGACCUGACAGUCAGCGAAAUAUGGUUGCUGCCAUCCUGCCGUGGGUUCAAACAAUGGAGUUACAGGUUGACCCGAAUGGUGGCCCUACAGCCAAGUCAUACAUCACUGUGGCAGGCCUUGGCAACAGGCCCUCACGGGGAAAUGUGCAGCUGGUCCUCGACUUCAUUAUUAGCAUAUGUCUGGAACGCAAAGAGCAAAAUUUUGUGGAGUAUGCCAAGCAAAUGGUCGUGUUCUUGUCUGGAACACCAGCAGGAUCAAAGGUCAUCGAGUUUUUCUUGUUGCAGAUUGUGCCGAAGAACAUGGUGCAAGAGCGGAAAGAACUCACUCCACCGCCUCCUGACAUCAAAAGCCUACCAUACGUCGCAGAUCUUGGGACAGUGCUCCCAGUUGGGAACAAACAAGCUGGUUUGUCCCUUGGACAGGUUGCUCUGAUAUUCCUCGUUGAUCUGAUGGUCGCUCCGGUGACUCUCGCUCUAGGUGAUGUUGUCAAGCUGGUCCACAUCGUUCUCAUCCUCUGGGAUCAUUAUACAGUCACUGUGCAGGAGCAAGCUCGUGAGAUGCUGGUACAUCUUAUCCAUGAGCUGAUAGCGGCCAAACUCGAGGAUGAUGCCCCGGCAGGUGCCCGGCAAUCAGUCGAAGACUUUGUGGAAUCAAUACGGAAGAGUGACCCCGCUGUUGUUUGGAAAUACGAAGAGAAUCAUGGCAAAGAGGAAGAGGCUGAUGAUCGCCGGGUGCCUGAAUCUAUGGCUUCUGUCACCCGUGAUGUCGUCAAGUUCUUCAGCUUUGCUGACGAAGGUGUCGGCGACUUGUGGGCGAAGGAGGCAUUGAACUGGGCCACCUCGUGUCCGGUGCGACAUUUAGCAUGCCGUUCGUUCCAGAUCUUCCGCUGUAUCUCGACAUCAUUAGACUCGCGAAUGCUGGCCGAUAUGCUCGCCCGGCUUUCCAACACUAUUGCAGACGAGGAAACCGAUUACCAGACCUUCUCGAUGGAGAUCCUUACUACGUUAAAGAUCAUCAUCACCUCCCUAGCACCGUCAGAUCUUCUGGAUUAUCCUCAGCUAUUCUGGACGACGUGUGCUUGUCUCAACACAAUCCACGAGACUGAGUUUAUCGAGAGUAUUGGCAUGCUUGAGAAAUUCCUCGACCGGGUCGAUCUCAGUGAUCCGGUUGUGGUGACCAAUCUUAUCGAGGGCCAACCACCAAACUGGGAAGGCGGCUUCGAUGGUAUCCAGGACCUUGUCUUCAAGGGAAUGAAAUCAUCCGAGUCCUUUGAUCGUACACUCGAUCUACUUCAUACUCUCAGUGGUCUUCCAAACAAUGAUCUCAUCGGAGACGGAACUCGACAUCUGUUCACUGUACUGGCUAACCUACCCCACUUCCUUCAAUGCUUCAAUGAUGGGUUUAGUGACCCCAAACCUAUCGCUCGUGCUAGCAUACUGGCCCGCGUGGCUGAGAAUGAGCGAUGCCCUCGCCUUGCAGCAUCAUUGUUUGGGUUUGCCAACCAGCAGUACAAGACCGCUGGGGUCUUCCUUGACCAUAUUAUCACCGAGAUUAAGUCAUACUAUUUCCCCCAGCUGGACUUCCAGUGUCUCAUCUUCCUCAUGGGUCUCCUCACCAACACCACGGAUUGGUUCCGCAUCAAGACAAUGAGGAUCCUCUGUGUCUUGAUUCCCGAGGUGGACAUGCGGCGCAACGAGGUCACCUGCCAUGGCCCAGAUCUGAUCUCCCCACUACUCCGGCUUCUGCAAACCGAUCUCUGCUCCCAGGCCCUGGAGGUUCUGGAUAAUAUCAUCACGGUCUCAGGAAAUCCAAUGGAGCGCCAGCAUCUUCGCAUGAGUAUGGCAUCAGCAGCCUCUUCUCGUGCUAUCCGCAAAGAGUACGAGCGAAUCCAGAGUCUGUACGGAAUUCCUGAACCGACGGGAUGGUCGGUUCCUAUGCCUGCAACCCAGUCAAACGUGACCCGCCACAAUGUCCACGCUGUCUUCUACACCUGUGUUGAGGCUGAAGACAGGCAAGAGGAAGAUACCAGGACACCAAGUGUAGCCUUCCAUGCGGACGACUACAGCGACUCAUUCUUCCCAAUGAGAGCUGAUACCAUGAAAUCAAUCGACACGCAGGUUGAUGGCAACAUGGGGGAUAUCGUACAGAAGCUGGACAGCUUGGAUGACUUCUUUGAGGAUACUGAUACAAUCACGCCUGUGUUGAACCCUAUAGCUCCUCCGAUGCUGCGAGGAUUCACUGGUAACUAUGUAGAUACCAACGCACAUCUGUACGACCAGCAGACCGCGCCAAUUUUGCGGGAAUCACUGGGUCGGACAGGCUCUACAUCAUCCUUCCAUAAUGGUCUCGCCGAGUCCCGCCCACCCAAUUUCCGCUUCGACGGUCCGGGCGUGUACUCCCCAGUAACGGCAAUACCUCCAAAUGCACAGAUACUUCGAUCUGGAUCUCAUACCCGCUCUGUCACCUCCCCUACCAACAAUCUCUAUGUCCACACCGCUUCCAAUGGGCCCAAUUCCACACUGCCCGUUGGAUUCAGCGAUUCCGCUUUCCUGUCCGAUGACGACCCUGACGACGUGCAUUCGGAUCUGGAGGAACGCCCGACGAUCAAGAAGGCGAUUACUCCACCCGCACCCAUGGUCCGCAGUGCAACCGAUGGACCACACUCCCUGGAAUCAAUGAUUCGCAGCGGCAUGCGGAGACUAACUGGUGGCGCAGCCAACAGAGAAAAGGAGCGACAGCGGGACCACCUGCGCGCGCAACACCGCGCCAUUGUGCAAACGGCCAACUCACCCCGUGUCCCGAAGGUGCCCGAGGAAUAUCUCUCAGCACCUACCAGUCACCCGACAUCACCGAGGUGA